CGGCGCGGUCGGUGGCGGCCCUGAGGAGAGUGGCUGCCGCCAUGAUAGAACAGCCGAAGCGCAAAGGCCCAGAGUUGCCGCUGGUCCCAGUCAAGCGGCAGCGGCAUGAGUUGCUGUUGGGAGCAGCGGGGUCGGGCCCCGGACCCGGGCAGCAGCAGGCAGCGCCGGGAGCUUUGCUGCAGGCGGGGCCUCCAAGAUGUUCUUCCCUUCAAGCUCCAAUCAUGCUUCUCUCUGGACAUGAAGGAGAAGUGUACUGCUGCAAGUUCCAUCCCAAUGGAUCGACCCUAGCAUCUGCAGGAUUUGACCGACUGAUAUUGUUAUGGAACGUCUACGGUGAUUGUGAUAACUAUGCUACCUUGAAAGGACACAGUGGAGCGGUGAUGGAACUGCAUUAUAACACAGAUGGCAGUAUGCUCUUCUCAGCGUCCACAGAUAAAACUGUGGCAGUGUGGGAUAGUGAAACUGGUGAGAGGGUUAAAAGACUGAAGGGACAUACUUCCUUUGUGAAUUCCUGUUAUCCAGCCAGGAGGGGCCCCCAGCUUGUCUGCACUGGCAGUGACGAUGGUACAGUUAAGCUUUGGGACAUCCGGAAGAAAGCAGCCAUCCAGACAUUUCAGAACACUUACCAGGUGUUAGCUGUGACCUUCAACGACACAAGUGAUCAGAUUAUUUCUGGUGGAAUAGACAAUGAUAUCAAGGUCUGGGAUCUGCGCCAAAACAAGCUAACGUACACCAUGAGAGGCCAUGCAGAUUCAGUGACUGGCCUAAGUUUAAGUUCUGAAGGCUCUUACCUCUUGUCCAAUGCAAUGGACAAUACAGUUCGAGUCUGGGAUGUCAGGCCAUUUGCUCCUAAAGAGAGAUGUGUGAAGAUAUUUCAAGGAAAUGUGCACAACUUUGAAAAGAAUCUUCUGAGAUGUUCUUGGUCACCUGAUGGAAGCAAGAUAGCAGCUGGCUCAGCUGACAGGUUUGUAUAUGUGUGGGAUACCACAAGCAGGCGGAUUUUGUAUAAGCUGCCUGGCCAUGCUGGUUCCAUCAAUGAAGUGGCUUUCCAUCCUGAUGAGCCCAUCAUUCUCUCAGCAUCCAGUGACAAGAGACUAUAUAUGGGGGAGAUUCAGUGACGAUAUGGAAGACUGCAAGACUUCUUGACCUUGAGACCUCAGACUAUAUAAGUGGCAUCAAAUGGUGGUGCCCAGGCCAACAUCCUCCCUUCAAACGAAGAUCAUUACUAGAAAGAAACAGGAGGAGGUGGCCAUAUUCCAACAAACACAUGUAUCCCAUUUCACCAGGAUGAUUAAGGCACGCUUCAGUGGCCUCUAAAAACCAUCUGCCAGAUUCAGGGACUUGUUUGGUUUUGUUUUUUGUUUUAUUUUUGUUUUUUUAAUAUGUUUUCUUCAAUGGGAUAGACAUUAUAGUUUCCUGUUUUCUUUCUAAUCCAGGCUGAAGGCAGGGAAUGUAACUGAAAUUUGUUGGGGAUUUUUUUUUUUUAAUUCAGUACUAGCUUGUAUGUUUUCUUUCUGUGUUUCUCUGAGUCAUUUUGUAUUAAAAUCCAAAUAGAUGCCUUUUUCAA